AUGGACGAUUUUAACGAUGACUUUGAUAACGUCUCCUGGCGGAAUGAUGCCCAUAGCGACGCCUCACGGCCGACGACCGCAGGCACCGACUCUGAAGAUCCUGUUCCCCCCGGCCCCGACGUCAAUGGGAAGCGCCGGAUGAGCACAGCUGAAGACGAAACCCAGGCGGGCCCGUUGGCAGACCCGGUCGACCUGGCUGGUAUUGGAGACGGUGUCUUGGAGUGUGCAGUCGAUUCGCCGCUUAAGGAGAACGAUGGGACGAAAGAUGCCUACAUUUCGUAUCUCGUUACUACUCAUACAGAUUUCAAGACAUUUCAAAAAUCAGAUUUUGUCGUCCGUCGUCGCUUUCGUGAUUUCUUCUUCCUCUACAAAACCCUCUACCGAGAAUAUCCCGCCUGUGCCGUUCCGCCGCUGCCGGACAAGCACAAAGUCGAGAGCUAUGUGACCGGCGAUCGGUUCGGUCCUGAUUUCACGCAGCGCCGCUCGUGGUCUCUCCACAGGUUCAUCAAGCGACUUACACUACACCCGGUCUUGCGGCGAGCGCCGUUGCUGGCCAUCUUUCUCGAGUCCCCGGACUGGAAUGCUCACAUGCGGCUACACGGGGGCCGCGGCUCGACCGGAGGUGGCACGGAGCCGUCUGGCGGGAUAUUCGACAAUUUCACCGACACUUUUGUAAAUGCUUUUACCAAGGUGCACAAGCCGGACAGGCGGUUCAUCGAGGUGCGCGAAAAGGCAGAGAAGCUGGACGAGGAUCUGACCCAUGUCGAAAAAAUCGUGGCCCGUGUGGCCCGUCGCGAGGCCGAUCUCGAGGCGGACUAUGCUGAUUUGGCAACGCAGUUUCGCAAGCUGGUUCCCCUGGAGCCGGAUGUGGAGAUGCCACUGCAAGUGUUUGCUGCGUCUGUGGACGAGACAUCACGGGGGAUGAAGGAACUCAAAGACCAUACAGACCAAAACUACCUCGGCUCACUGCGCGAUAUGGAAGCGUAUAUUCUCUCGGUUAAGGCGCUGUUAAAGACGCGAGAGCAAAAGCAGCUGGACUUUGAAGCACUGGUGGAAUACCGCAACAAGGCGGUUUCUGACCGAGACUCGCUCGUCAACAACCCUUCAUCAUACUAUGCCUCGAACCCGCUCACCUCGUCGCCAGCGUCUUUUCUUCGAUCGAAAAUGGAGGACAUGCGUGGUGUGGACCAUGAACAGUCUCGACGCGAGCGGAUCCGCAAACUAGAGCUUCGCAUCGACGAGUUGACGCGAGAGGUGGAUUCUGCAAAGACGACGUCGGAAAUGUUUGACGAGGAAGUUGUCCGCGAGGUCGCCGACUUUGACCGCAUCAAAGCCGUUGAAUUUAGAGAUAGUCUAGGUGCGCUCGGCGAGCAGCAUAUUGAGUUUUACCAGGGCGUGAUCAAUACUUGGGAGCGAUUUAUAUCGGAAAUGGACAGCGAGGGCGGUGGUGACGACGACGCUUUUCGAGGCCGGAGCAACAUUGCAUCGUGA